ACUGUCUUCUCUGGAAAACCAACAUGGCAGCGGCCAGAAAGCAUAAACGCGUGGCUGCAAGUCAGCCAGGCUUUUUAUCGCUCAAAAGUUCUUCAGACAACUCGGAAUUAAACAUUGGUCGGAAGAAACGUGUUAACAAAAAUAAGAAAAAGAACUGGAAUAAAUUCAGUGACAUUCAGGAUGUCGAGGAGUUUUUGGACGACGUGCGACUUCAGGAGAGGGCCACGGGGGGAUUGAUUGCAGACAAACCAGAUGACAGUUUGUUUUUUCUGGACAUUGGGGAGUCCAAGAAAAAGGAGAGCUUGCCUUCAGGUGGUGAAGAGGAAGACAAGAAGAAAAGGAAAAACAAGCGACCCCUGAAGGUAGACCUCAUACUUCAGGCAAACUCCCACAUCCCAGCACCAAAAGACAUCCUCGCCCACCAGCAGCCCAAUGCCAAGAAACUGCGACGCAAGCAGGAGCUGGCAGAGCAGCUGGCAGCCAAAGGUGUGGUGCCCCGCAGAGAGAGGCUCCUGGAACUCCGAAGAGCAGCCUUUGCAGCUGGAACGCCAGUGCGAGAGAAGAUUGUUCCCAAUAACAACCCUGAGAGGGCCUACUACGACUUGUGGGGAGAUCAACCCGCAGAGACAGAAGAUGCCUUUUACCUUGAACAGACCAAAAAGAAGCCAGUUAAGCGGCCAGAAAAACUGAAUCAGAGGCCAUCAGAACUUCCAGCCAUUGAGGUCAUUGCACCUGGUGGUUCUUACAACCCGGACUUCUUCUCCCAUCAGGACUUAUUGCGGGAGGCCCAUGAGGUAGAGGUGAAGAAGCUGAAGGCAGAAGAGCGUCUGGAGAGGCAACUUGCGGUGAAUCGUCAGGAGCUGGCAACUGAGGAGACCAUAUUUAAGGAGCAAAUCCAAGGGCUCCUGGAGGAAGAGGAGCAGGAGGAGGAUGUGGCUGAUGAGAUGCCAGGAGACGAGGAGGACACCGGCAUGACCUUCAGCUCACAACAGGAGAAGAAGACCGAGAGGCAGAGGAAGAAGGAGAAGGCCGACAGAUUUAAGGAGCAGCAGAGGAAGAUGGAGCAGGAGGUGACCAGCAAGCGGCAGCAGCUCUUCCAGCUGCGCUCCAUCCAGUCGGAGCUGAAGAGGCGCGAGCAGCGCACCCGCCUGAGACAGAGCCGCCGCAAGGCCCUCCAGCUGGCCCAGAAGACCCAGCCCCGCCGCCUGGGCCGCCUCAAGUUCCAGAAUCCUGAUCUUGAGGUGCAAUUGAGUGAUGAGUUAGCCGGCUCCCUGCGAAGACUUAAGCCAGAGGGCAGCGUACUCAAGGACCGUUUCAAGAGCUUUCAGAAGAGAAACAUGAUUGAGCCCAGAGAAAGAGCCAAGUUCAAGAGAAAAUACAAGCUCAAGUACGUGGAGAAGAGGGCUUUCAAGGCGAUUACAUAAAGACAUAGUGCAUAUGAACCCACAGCCAAGACUGGGCUUACUCCGUGAUGGAGAUCUUUCUGAUGAGCUGCUGGAGCACACCAUCUGGACCACUCAGUGUCCAUGCCAAGAAACGUGAAAUUAAAACACAUCCUUAAUCAACCAGUGUUUUGCUUUCUGCCAUUGUGGUAAUUAGAAUGCUUCACCUCAAGGACCCUUUCCUUAUUUCCAUGACUCAUGGGAGAUGUCCCAUCAGUGCAGACCUGGUUUCUGAUUGUCCAAGGAGCCUGUGUCUGGAGGCCUCACAUGACCUGCUCUAAUAGCCCCUUUAGUAUGAUUCUGCUGCUUUCAUACUUUUCAGUAAAAAGCUGCAGAUCCCACUUCAUUGGCCCAUGUCAGUGUUUAAUCCAAACUACAAGACUUAAUGUCCUAGUCAAAACAGCUGCCAGGACACUGAAGGCGAUUAAGGACACACAUUAAGUCAAGAUUUACAAUCUUGUGGUAUGAGUUCUGUUUGUAUUUCUUCGUAAUGACAUGUCAAAUCAAAAAGGUAAUAAAAGUGAAGUGUUUGAUUUAA